ACAGUCGGUUUGCAGUAAUAUCCCCGUACACAGUCGGCCGCUUGACCAUUCGUCUGCCCACGCUAGAGCGGUUCGGUUCGUUCUCAUUCAAACUGCAGGCAGGCUCUUCUAAAUCCGAGUCCAGCCAGUGCGAAUCUGACAAGUGCCCGCUAAUUAAUCAUCAACAACGUGUAAUUCGAAUCAAAACUCCCACCUAGUAUUAGCCAACUGUAAAGUGCUUGUCGGCAUGUGCGAUAAUGAAGAUGAUCUCUAUCGGGAGCGCCUGCCGAAUGUCUGCGAAGCAGUGGGCUCGAAGGCCCGAAGUUGCUGUAGCAUGCGCUCCGUUCACAGAUAUCUGCCCGUAACCGAUUGGCUGCCCAAGUACCAGUGGAACUUUCUGGCCAUGGAUCUGGUGGCGGGUCUCACGGUGGGCCUUACAGCUGUACCACAGGCCAUAGCUUACGGAGCUGUAGCCAAUUUGCCUCCUGCCUACGGACUCUACUCAGCGUUUAUGGGUGGAUUUGUGUAUAUACUGUUGGGAACCUGCAAAGACAUCACAGUGGGACCCACGGCCAUCAUGGCGUUAAUGGUAAGGCCAUAUGUGGAUGGCAAUCCGGCAUAUGCAGUGCUCCUGUGCUUCCUGUCCGGCUGCGUUAUCACUAUAAUGGGUUUGCUCAAUCUGGGAGUACUCAUGCGGUUUAUUUCAAUACCGGUGACGACAGGUUUCACGAUGGCAGCAGCCUUAACCAUAGCCACCGGGCAGGUUAACAGCUUGUUUGGCAUUAGCAGUAGUGCCAAUGGGUUCCUAAGCUGCUGGAUACACUUCUUCGAACAUAUAACACAAAUGCGUCGAAAUGAUGCCAUCCUGGGCUGCUGUACUUUAGUUCUUUUGCUGCUAAUGCGGCAACUCAAAGACCUGCCUAUUGGCAUCAAGAGCGUGUGGAAGUAUAUUUCUUUAGCUCGCAAUGCUGUUGCUGUGCUAAUAGGAAUCCUGCUGUGCUACCUUUUGAAAAAAGACGGUAAGCUGCCUUUUCUAGUCAGCGGUAGCAUCACGCCCGGCUUACCGCCAUUUAAACCUCCACCAUUUCACACGGAGGACACAGCCACUGGGGAAAUGGUAAACUUUGGUGGCAUGGUAUCACAUGUGGGAUCUGGACUGGUGUCCAUACCACUUUUGUCUGUAUUGGAGAGCAUAGCUGUGGCCAAAGCCUUCUCUAAAGGAAAGAUAGUAGAUGCCUCGCAAGAGAUGAUUGCCCUGGGCGUAAGCAACAUCCUCAGCAGCUUCUUUUCUUCAAUGCCCAUCACUGGAUCCUUUACAAGGACUGCUAUCAAUAACGCCAGUGGAGUGAGGACCCCGCUGGGUGGAGCUGUUACCGGGUUUAUUGUUUUAAUGACCCUGGCUUUCCUCACAUCCACUUUUGCCUACAUUCCCAAGGCGACUUUGGCAGCAAUAAUCAUUGCAGCCAUGUUCUUUAUGGUGGAGUAUGAGACAAUUGGCGAGAUUUGGCGGGCAAAAAAACGUGAUAUGCUGCCUUUUCUCGUCACCGUGCUGACCUGUGUCUUCUGGACUUUGGAGUAUGGAAUGGUGGUGGGCAUUGUCUUCAAUGCUCUUUUCUUGCUCUAUAAGAGCAUGAAGCCGCAGUUUAAUUUGGAGACCCAAAAGUUUAACGGCAUCGAGGUGACCAUGGCCGAUCUCAAGGGCAGUGUGGAUUAUGCGGCAGCCGAGUACUUGAAGAUAUCCAUUGUGUCUCACGUGACGGAUAAAAAUAGCGAGGGCGGCACCGCCACCACAUUGGUGGUCAUUAAGGGGCACGAGAUCGCCUCAAUUGAUACGACCGUGGCUUUGAACCUCAAAUCCCUGCGCGAAGAUCUCUCCCUGCUGAAGUGCGACAUGAUCUGCUGGAACUGGAGCAUCCCAGCGGCGGGAGUGAUUUGCCGGAUGGAUAGGAAGCUGCGCAGUAUGUUUAAGUACUCGAAAAGCUUUCCCGACCUAAUGCAAACAAUGGCAUACGGCGAGCCAGCCGUUUCGUGUAUUGCCGUCGACUUAAGUCAAUAAAGAGUGCUCUUUUGUCUUGUCAUAUAUUUUUGCGUACAGUUGCGUCAGUGAUGGGAAGAGUACUAUUUGAUAUGGUAGUAUUAAAAUUUAUUUCAAACGCCCAUUAAAAAAAAAAACUAUAUGGGUGUUACCAUGGAAACGAUAGCAAAUUGUAAGACCUUAAGGUAUAUAUCAUGAAUUAUUUAAUUAAAAAAGUCCUCAAACAAUUUUUUUUAUGGAUAUAAUCGUAGAGAUUCAACAGAAAAAUCUAAAAUUCUUAAUUUAUUCAAAUUUUCUCUGUUUAAUUUGGAGUGAUCACAUUUAUAAAAGCUUGUUUAAAUUAUUGUGACAUCAUGCCAAGCUGAAAUAAAGCUGUCUUUUUUUAAUUGUACAAGUUUUUUAGUGUGUAUUUGGUCUACUAAAUCCGAAGUUAAUAGUUUCGGUUGGUAACUAGGCAAUAUUUUUUUUAAAUAAAUUAAAUUUCAUUUAUUUUAGUUUUAAUUUCUCUGUUAAAAUUAUCAAGGUAUAAUACUUCAUCACGAUUUAUUUUAAUUAAAUGUAAUUAUAAGUACCUACUUCUUUAUAAAGUA